AUGCAGCAGCCGCAUCUCCCCCGACUGUACCUCGGCCACGGAGCUGAGCAAGGACUUUCCCGCAUGCUCGACUCGCCGGCCGCCCAAUACUACGCUUCUCCGGCGACGUACGGCUCGACGCCUUUCGCCUCCGGAGGAAUGCUCAGCCCGCCCGGACUCGACAGCGGCCGCCCUUUCGCCGGAGCGCACUCGUCAGAAAGUUCAGGAUGGGAAGGAGCGUGGCAAGGUGGCGCACCGACGACGCUGGGAGUCGGCAGGACGACCUCGUUCUCCUCGACAGGCUCGCCGCUCACGCCGGUCAAUCCGUCUGUCCUCAGCUCCGCCUUCUUCCCGCAAUCCGGCAUGACGCACUCUACGAUGCACCACCCCUCCUCGGCGCCGCGCCUUCCUCCUCACCCUCACUCGCACCCGCAACAGCCCGGUCCUCCUCGCAAAACGACGUUGCAUGCGUCAACGCCCUCCUUCUACCCCGGCCAGUACUCGCAUCCCCCUCGCUCGACCUUCCCUCGCGAUCAGCGUGUGCCGAACGCCUCGAGACGCAGCGACAGCGUUUCCUUCCGUCCUGGCGACGACCCUCUGCGAAGCCCAACUCUCGCCAGGCGGGCUUCCGCAAGCCCCGCAACGUCGUCGGUCUCGAUCAAGAAGGACGAGCCGAAGAAGCGGAAGAUUGUCGUGCGACUGCCGCGCGAAACGCUUACGGACGACGAGGACGACUCGGAACAGCGGGCGAGAUUGAGCAUCUUUGCCCGAGCUCCGCUUACGAACGACGAGCGCGAGACUGUUGUCCAGCGCAUGGACGCAGACGCUCGCGAGUCCGUGGCGCUCGAGGCGGACGAGCUGGUUGGGCGCGCUUCGCAUCCGGACGAGGUGAAGAUGGCGGGCUUGCCGGAGAGUAUCGACGUCUAUCUUCCGGGCAAGAGUGCAUGGGAAGAGGUGUGGGAUACGUUUGAAGAGGACAUGAAGGAGAAGCACGGUCACGUCGAUCUUCGCCGCCCUGCUUUUCUCCCUCCCUCCCGCGCUUCGACUCUCGCCUUCUCCUUCGACUCGCUGCUCUCGUCUCGCCGGCCGGGUCACGGUCGCACGGCUUCCCUCUUUACCUCUCCUUCCCAGCUUCUCCCGCCUCGUCUCCGUAACGCCCUUGACGGCGUCAAGCGAGCAAGCAGCGGUCAUGCUUCGUCGCUGUCGCUCUCUUUCGCCGGCGGCUUCGAUGCCUUCCGCUCGCCCUUGACCGGCUCUACCACGGCGGUCACGAGUCCCGGUGCGAUCAGCCCGCUCAGCGGCUCGACUCGCCUCACGCCGUUCGCGCCUGCAUUCGUGCCGAGCAGCACGCUUGCGACUGCUGUUGCGACGCCUUUGCCGACGAGUCCGGCGCCGGUCAAGGAUGCAUCGUCGCUAUCGUCAAAGGAGGCGAAGGAGGGGCAGAAGUCGGUGGAAGCAGCGUCCAACGACGAUGGUGGUGCCGAGGUUGGCGCAGAGGAGGAAGAGGCUGUGGGGACGACCUCGCUCGAUGUGCUCGUCUCGGUCGAGGGCAUUAAGGGCGGGUUCGUCGAGGAGGACAAGAAGCAAGCGCUCGUCCUCCACUCGAUGGACGACAGCGAUAAGCGCUCGCCUCCGUCCCGUCGCACGUCGGGCAUGUCGACCAAGACCGACCGCACCGGCGUCGCCAGCGACUGGACCGGAUCCGACAUCGACAGCCUUCGCUCGCCCAGCCUCAGUCCGAAGCAGCCUCGUCCUGACCUGAGCACAGAGCUGAGCAGGGCGCUCGAAGAACUUGGUCCGCUCGACUCGCCGGAACAGCUCCCGGCGCUUCCUAUCGCCCAGGUAUCCGUUCAAAGCCCUCCCGACGCUGAAUCGGACAACUCUCAGUACGGUGACGGCGAGCUCAGCGAUAAUGAGCAUGGCGAAGACGGCGACGAACACGGUCGGGAGAGCGGUAGUCCCAGACGACUCCGCUCAAAGUUGUCAGCAGGCUCAGCCGGUUUCGCUCGUCCCGCCGGCUCACAUCGCAAGGUCAAUUCUGAGCUGCUCUUCGAAGCACCGAGCGAUGUUGACCGACCGAGUCAAAACGAAGAUUCCCCGGCAGAAGCGAGCUUCCACCGCGUCAAACAAAACUUCGAGUUCCCGCCUCGCUCCGCCCACAGCUCGCCUCGCAAAGUGUCCGACGCAGCCGCCGUCGCUCUUCCGUCGUCGCCAGAAUCCGCUCGAGAUGAGUACGGCCUACCAAGUCUGCCUCCGCUCGGAACCUUCGGAGGACCUGUCGACCUCUCGCCUACCGACCGUCUCGACUUCGGCACUUUCGGGCAGCCAGGAUCCCUCGCGGUCUCUCCAAUCACCGGAUCCAGCCAGGGUUGGCGCCCUUCGUCGACUCUCGAUGCAGCUGCCAGCGAGUUCCGCCCGUCCACCGGCCGCCUCAACGCCUUCGCCAGCGACUUCGUUCCUUCGCUUGACGGUGCCGCCGCCGCACCCCUCGACCCGAUCAGUCCGUCGACGGCGACAUACUUCCGGCCUGAAGCGAACGAGACGCCUCGCCGAAUCAGCGGCAGCCAUGGUCCUCUUCCGCCUCUGCCCCUCACCGCCAGCAAAAUACCUUCCACAACCUCCUACUUGGAUGCCGACGCACUCGGUCCGGUCAGCUCGUCGAUGCGACGUGUCAUCUCAGCGCCAGUCCUGGUUCACCCACAACCGCGCCGCCCGCUUCCUUCGCCACCGCUCUACAUGUCGACGCCUCCGCGCUACACCGGUUAUGCCUCGGCAGACGACGACGUCGAGCUGCUCCGCGAGCCGGGCGAUGAGCGUGCGGAGGAGUCUGGCUUCGGCAACCGCAGCGUCGCCUCCAUCGACGACCCGCUUCCCGAGCAGUAUGCGCCAAUUCGACCCGUCUUGACGAAGGAGCCAGUCCCGCGUGCUGUUCCAGCGAUCAAGAACGGCCCGAGGUUGCCGCAGGAAACGACGGCUGGGCAGGCGAGUCCCGCUCGGAUGGGCGACCCUCGUGCGCGAAUGGAGAGCAUCGACGUCGCUUUGCCAACGAUCGCUCGUGAGAUGGGUCGCGCAGUCCCGCUGGAGCAGCGUCCCCAAUCGACCGGCGACGCUUGCAGCGUCAUCGAGAUCGACGACGAUCAGACGGCUUCUUUCACCGACCACGACGAUGUCCCCCUUCUCUUCCUCGAGAAACUCAUCACCGACCAGUUCGACCAUCUGCGUACGGAACUCACCGCCACACGGUCAGACGACAAGCUCGUCGAGCUCCUCAAGUCGAUUAGCGAACGUCUUGAGACUCUCCCAUUCACGACCAGCGCCUCAGGCGGCCCAUCGCAGGGCCUCCAUCCUUCUUCGGCGAAUCGUUCACGCGACUCGGCAGUGGAUGGCAGCGUUCGACCCGCUUCGGCCCCAGUCACGCGCGCCGCAACCCCCGGCUCUGAUGUGAGCCCAGCGCUCGCCUACUCUGGCUUCCUCGACGACCUGAAGGCGACCGUCCAGCCUCUCGUCGGCCCGCAGCUCAACACAUCCGCUCUUGCCGGCGACAUCGCCUCAUUCCUCGCACAACAGCUCGACAGCACUCUCUCUAGCCUUUUGUCGUCGACUCUCAGCCCGAAGCUCGCCGUCAUCGAUGACAGGCUAAGCACGCUCGUCGACCGCAUCGAAGCUGAGAAGGUCAGCAACUCGGCAAAGGUCGUCGAGGGGGUGCAGAACGCGUUGAUGCCGCUCUCCGACCUCACGACGCUCGUCGAGACGACCAAAAUGCAUCUCGCCGGCACACCAGCGACUGUCGACCUGCCUCGAAUCGCGGACCUCGAAUCGCAGCUUGCCAAGGCUCGCAAUGAGCACGGCAAGGCGCGCAGCGAGAAGGCCGUCCUCUUGGACCGUCUCGAUGCCGAGAAGGCUCGUCACGGCGAGGAGGUGGCGGACCUUCGCGCGCGCCUUGCGAAGUGCGAAGACGACCUGAAGGCCAGCACGCUCAAGCUCGCUUUGCGAGACGCUGCCCACUCGGUCAUCAAGGACGAGCUCGACCGCACUCGUCGCGAACUCGACACUCAGCGCACGUCGCUCAGCGAGGUCGCGCAGGCGCGGGUCAGAACGGAGGAACAGUUGGCAGUGACGCGCGAGGAGCUGAGCAAGAAGGAGCGUGAGGGCGCGGAGCAGAUGCCGCGGCUUGAAGCCCUCUCGAGCGAGCUGGCAAAGGCUCAUGGCGAGAUCGCAGCGCUGGAGAAGCGAGUUGCGGCCCAAGACGAACGCCUGGCCACCCUCCAGCGUCUCAAGGCGGUUCAGCAGCAGUCGCUCGCCGCCGCAAACCAGCGCAACUCGGACCUUCGAAAGGAAGCUGCCGAGCUCGAGCAGCUCAAGGAGACGCUCAAGGAGGUUCAAGCCGAGCGCGAGACCGCCCGUACGCAGGAGACAGCGCUGCAAGAGCGCUGCAACACACUCGUCGAGGAGAACGAUCGUUUCCGUCGACAGUUCGACUCGCUUCAGCAAGGCCUCGAGACGAUGAAGGUCACGGUUCGUCGCGAGCUGGAGGAUGCCGACGCUCGCGUCGCAGCCGCGACGGCUGAGCGCGAUCGCCUCGCUGCCGACAACGCCCGCUUGGUCGAGCAGCUCUCGGCGCUCCAGCCCCUCUCGACGCCAAGCACGCCAAUCGUCGCUCAUCACCCGUCACCGCAAGGCAAGGCCAGCGGCGGACAAGCCGCCCGACUCCAGUCUCAGCAUACCGGCUCGUCGGCGGGAUCCGACCUCACCAUCGCCCACACCGACAUCUCACCUACGCCAAGCAUCUCCAGCCAGUCCUUCACACGUGCGGAAGACGGAUGGUAUUCCUCGGCGGAAUAG